ACCGCGGAGUUUAGGGUUUUGAAGCAGACUGAACUUGUAUCAAAUUGUACGGACAUGGAGAAACCAGUGGCGACACUCGACAGAGGCACGACCUGCUCGGCCUGGAAAUAUUGCGGCCAGAGAUUAGCCUCCGGCUCCGUCGAUGGUUAUCUCUCAAUUUCAGAUUCCCGUGACCCUUCGUCUUCUUCAUUCACUUCCUCGUCCAAAUUCAAUGUGCAUGAAGUUGGCAUUCUGAAGGUUGCUUGGAUCCCGCCAGAGUACGGGGAUGCUGUUGCUUGCAUUUCAGAAGAUGGGACUUUAUCAAUAUGGGAAGAGCUUGUAGAAGGUACCAAACCUCUUGAAUGGAAGCUAUGCAGGAGCUUUAAAACUAGCUCCAAGGUUCUAGAUGUUCAAUUUAGUGUCGGUCAAACGAGUUUGAAAAUGGUUGCUGCUUACUCGGACGGCUUCGUUAAAGUCUUUGAGCUCCUCGAUCCUUUUGAACUAAAGAACUGGCAACUUCAGGCUGAAUUUCAGAAUGUUAUAGAUUCUGUUUCUGUAAUAGGGAAAGCUUCAUGCUUAACAUCAUGUAUUUCUUGGAAUCCACUAAACGGUGAGGGCCAAGAAUCAAGCUUUGUUUUAGGUUUCAAUUCUAACACACCACAGCUUAAUUCCCCCAAGGUGUGGGAAUUUGAUCCCGCUCAUCAGAGAUGGUUGCCAGUAGCAGAGUUGGCUUUGCCUGGUGACAAGGGAGAUCAAGAUUAUUCUGUCGCAUGGGCUCCAAACAUUGGACGGCCAUAUGAGAUAAUAGCUUCUGCAUCUCAAAAAGGAAUUUCUAUAUGGCAUGUUGGAUCAACCACUGACUUAGAUGGAAGGCUCUCCAUGGAGAGGGCUGCAUUGCUUUCUGGACAUAACAGUGAGGUGUGGCAGAUGGAAUGGGAUAUGAGUGGAAUGACCCUGGCUACCACCGGGGGAGAUGGACGAGUAAGGUUGUGGCAAUCUAACUUGAACGGCACUUGGCAUGAACAAGCAACAUUUGAACCCACUUCUUAACACCCCACCCCCCUUUUAUAACCGUAUUAUUUAAUCCUUGCUCUCUUCUCUUUUGUUACCCAAAUUGUGCAUUUCUUCAAACACCACCAUAUUCUUAAGUAAUGGUGUCAAAACUAAAGGUUUUUUUUUUUGCCGCUGCUGCUGUAUUAUCUAACACCAUCUUUUUAAUUC